CCAUUGUCCCUUUUUCUAUAUAUAUGUACCCGAAAAUAAAUUUACACAUUCAGUUACAUACAAAUUUCGCAGCCAUGGAUACAAAACCAUCUGGUACACCCACCAAAGGAGGUUGGAUCACCUUCCCUUUUCUCAUAGCAACGAUGGCUGGUUUGACACUAGCCGCAGGAGGAUGGACAAAUAAUAUUAUCGUAUACCUAAUCAAUGAAUUUAAUAUCAAAAGCAUCGAUGCUGCUCAAAUAGCAAACAUAGUCAACGGUUGCACCACCUUGCUUCCAAUCCUAGGAGCCAUACUCGCUGACUCGUGUUUUGGAUCGUUUACAAUAAUUUUGGUUUCAUCUUUUAUAUCUUUGGCGGGCAUACUCCUCCUAACCCUAACCGCAACACUCGACUCGUUAAAGCCCGCACCAUGCGAAAAUGGGUCGGACCUUUGUGUGGGCCCAUCAAAAAGUCAACUCGCAAUCUUGUACAUGAGCAUGGCUCUUUCGAGCAUGGGGCUCGCAGGUACACGGUUCACGUUAGCAACAAUGGGAGCAGAUCAAUUCGACAACCCUGAGGAUCAAGGGGUUUUCUUUAAUUGGCACUUUUUUACCUUGUAUGUCGGGUUACUUGUUAGUGUUGUGGGGAUUAUUUAUGUUGAAGACAAUAUGAGUUGGGGAUUGGGUUACGGUUUAUGUGUUGCUGCUAAUUUGAUUGGUUUAGUGAUUUUUGCGGUAGGAAAGAGUAGAUAUCGGCUACUGAAACCACAAGAGAGUCCGUUUACUCGAUUGGCUUGUGUUGUGGUAGCGGCUUUCCGGAAAAGAAAAGUUUUGUUGUCAACGAAGAGUGAGGAUUAUUGUCAAGAGUCAUAUGAAGGAACAAAAUUGGUUAGAACAACUCCAACAAAUAGCUUCAAGUUCCUAAACCAUGCAGCUCUAAUAACAACUCAAUUGGACACCACUUCAGACAAAUACUCCAUCAAAAAACCAUGGAACCUCUGCACAAUACAACAAGUCGAAGACCUCAAAACCCUAAUCAGAAUCUCCCCACUUUGGUCAACCGGUGUCAUUAUGUCCACCCCUUUAGCCAUCCAAAUGAGCCUAAUGGUCCUCCAAGCUUUAGCCAUGGAUCGUCACCUCGGACCAACACACACCACCUUCCAAAUCUCAGCAGGAACCAUGAUUGUCUUCGUUAUGCUUUCAUCAUCCAUCUUUAUCGCCCUCAUCGACCGUUUCCUUCUUCCCACAUACCAAAAACUUACAAACACCUCCCUCACACCCCUACAACGCAUAGGGGUGGGCCAUGUUCUGAACGCGUUAGGCAUGGCCAUUUCAGCACUGGUUGAGUCAAAACGGCUUGCUAUAGCUCGAUCACAUGACCUAAAAGGGAAUUCAGUCGUGCCAAUGUCAGUGUUUUGGAUGGUUCCACAGCUUGUGGUUAUUGGUGUUGGUGAAGCGUUUCAUUUACCAGGUCAUGUGUCGUUUUAUUACCAAGAGUUUCCCAAGUCGAUGAAGAGCACAGCUACUGCAAUGGUGGCCAUGUAUAUUGGAGUAGCCUUUUAUUUGGGGACUGCAGUGGUUGAUCUUGUGAGGAAGACCACAGGAUGGUUGCCUGAUGGGAUUAAUGAUGGGAGGAUGGAUAACUUGUAUUGGGUGUUAACUGGUAUUGGGUUGAUUAACUUUGGGUAUUACUUGGUAUGUUCGUGGAAGUACAAGUACCAAAAUGUUGAAAAGAUGGAACUUGAUGAUAGUUCUAAUGCUCCUUGCUAAGUGAUGUAUAUGCAUACAUUCUAUGAGUAAUUGAAUCAAGAAUCAAUUAAAUGAUGGAGGACACAGGUGGAUCAAUGAUCAUCAAGUAAAUUAUGCCUACUACUAUAUAGAAGCUAAAUGGAAUAGAGGAACUUGUAUUAUAGGAUAUAAAUGCUCCUUAAAACAAUUGUAAGAUCAGAUAUAAUAAACUAAAAUAAGCGAAUUUUCACA